CCAUCGAAUUCUGUUAAACGGAAAAAUUGGUUAGAUGCAUGCAGGAAUGAAACUCAUCAUCAACUCGGCUUUAUUGUUGUGAAGAUCAUUUUGACCUUAAAGUGGAUUUGGAAAAUUGGUUAGAAUGGACAAUGGUUGGUGGUAACAAACGGAUGAGGAAUAAUAUUGUGCCUCAUAAAUUUAUUGAGCAAUCAAAAUCCUCAAGCAUGAAUGAUGCUCCUUCAAUGGAUGUAGAUCAACUAGGUACUGAAACAAUGAAUUUAAAUAUUGCCAAGUUACGGCUGGAUCAAAUCUCUGGAAGUAUAACGGAUAAUUUAAAUUCUGAGUGCACAAACCAAUUUAAUUUCAAUAUACAAGAAGAUUAUGAUAAGAACAGAUCCAAUAUCUGCGAUGACCGCCCUGCUAUUGGAAGUCAAAAACUGAAUGUUGGUGUCCAAGUCAAGAUAAAGAGUUUAAACAGGAGUGUAAAAGUUCAAUGUAAACCUGUGACUAAAGAUCGUCCAUCAUCUCCGAUUGAGCAGUUGAUAGAAAAUGAAAAUGCGCAUAAUUAUUGUUCUCAACCAACGAAUAAUGAUCCAUUAUCAAAUCCUUCACCUAAUACUACAAAUUUAUCUUCUAAUACAACUGCUAGUUCAUUCCCUACUUCAUCAGAUAAUUUCUUAACAACAAAUGGAAGUACAGAAAAUGAAUGGAAAAAUACAUUUCAACAAGAAGAAUUUCAGAAGCGUAAUUUAAAGCAAACACGAAAGAAUUCGGUUUUCACCUCGUAA